AUGGCGCAAGGACAGCAACAUCCGACGGCGCCAGCCCGCGGGGGCUCAGAGGCCGUCAGCCCUGACCCGGAACCGAAACAGCAUCAAGACGCAAGGCAUCGUGGCCCAAGACGACUGCCGGCUUGGCUAGAUCACUUCAACUCGCACGACCUCAAGAUCCUCCUCCGCUGCUGGACGGCAACGUGGGUCGCGACCCUCCUCGUCUUCAUCGGGCCUUCGCUCCGUCACAUCGGCCUCGCCACCUUCUUCGGGUCACUGCUGCUCUACAUCGUGCCGCCCGCCGGCAUCCUGUUCGGGUACCUGCUCGCCGCCUUGUCGCUGCUUCUCGGCAUGUGCCUGGCCUGGGCAUGGGGUCUGCUCACCAUGAAGGCGGCCCUGGCAGCGCGGCCCGCCGCCGACACCCAACAGCAGCUGCAAGCCCUCCAGCAACAGGCCGCUGCUCGGGCGCAGCAAACGGGCCAGAGCCCGGCCGUCGAGGCGCAAAUCCUUGUCUACGAGGGCUUCAUGCUUGACGCUCGCGUCACCGCCGUCUACUAUGCCAUGGCUUGCGUCUUCAUCUACGUGUUGGCGCGCGUGCGCUGCAGCAACGGCAAGAUGGUCGUCCUGCAGCUCUUUGGAACUAUCAUUACGGAUCUGUUCCUGCUCAUCGGGCCUCUCCUCCCCACUUACACUGCCAAUCUGGGGUCGAUUCUGGUGAAGCCCGGGGCCAUUGGUAUCGGGCUCGGAAUCGCUUGCUGUAUCCUCUUCUUCCCGCAGUCAACGUCGUAUGCCGUGCUCGACAAGAUGGAGAAGCUCAUUCGCAUGGGGGAGGCGGCCCUAGAGAUGACUCGGAGACGGCUGGCCGGCGGUGAGCUUCAAAUGGAGGAUCUCAGAGCUGCCAAGGUGAGGAUCAUUUCCACCUACAAGGCCAUGGAGCCGACACUACUGUUCCUUCCCCUGGACUUUUCUCGCGGACGGUGGAAUGCGGACGAUGUCAAGGCACUGCAGGCGCCAGUUCGCGAAGCCAUGCUUGCAGGCCUCUCGCUCAUUGAUCUUCACAUUGCCCGCGUUGCGGCAAAGCAAAAGCAGUCGACCCUGGAGCAUGCAAGCGACAGACAGGCAGAGGUAGCUGAAAAGGGAGUUCACGAGCCCGGACAGCACCAGCUCCAGGCGAGUGUGGACCUCAUGAAUGCCCUCAACACUCCCGAAGAGGCCGUCAUGCUCACUCAUGCACUGGAGGGCCUCCUCGAAACUACUUCCGAAAUCCUCCGACUCUGCUCCAAAUCCAUACGCCUUGCCGCAGACUGCAUACACACUGUCAACUCUUGUCGGUGGAUUGGAAAGCCGUCGCAGGCAAGGUUUGAUGAGCUCAAUAGAGAGCUCCGCGACACCCUCACAGCCCUUCGCGCAGCAACGGCUACUUGCGUCACUAGAACUACCGAGGCGAUCCUUGACAGCCACGCCGACCUCUUUGACGCAGACGGCCAACUAAAAUCCUCAAAUGGUCACGGCCCAAACUCGAUCCGUGGUAUAGUCAUAUCCAUGGUCCUCGAGGAGCGUAUCCUCGGCACCGCCACGGCCCUGGGCGAGGUCCUCGACCAUAUCAUCAAGCUCAACGACGCGCGCAAAGUCCAUCGCAUCUGGCUCCCUUCGAGACUGCGUUACGCGGUGGCCUGGAUCUUCAACGGUAGGCUCACGGUUCCCGUCUUUGGCAAGACCGACGCGGCCGAUGACCCCGAUGGCAUGACAGAUGUGGUCCCUCUCGAAGAACAGGCCGUGGAGGCCCAUAGGCGUUUGCGUAUCAGCAGGGUCUCGUACGGCUCAGCGGCUCGGAGGAGCUUUGCCAGUCGCGCUAUUGUGGCUACGUUCCGGUGGCUAUUCAACCCUGCUGGCAUGUAUGCCCUACGUAUGGUGAUCGUAACCAUUGCCACGUCUAUCCCGGCGGCCAUACCACAUUCUGCCGGCUUCUUCUAUCGUGAGAAAGGGAUUUGGGGCGUCAUCACCGCUCAAACCUGCCUCCUCGUCUACAUGGCCGACUUCACAUUUUCCCUGGUCUCGCGAGGCCUGGGCACCAUCAUCGGCGGCGUCAUGGGCAUGGUGGCUUGGUACAUUGGAUCCGGAGGUGGAAAUGGCAAUGCGUACGGUCUCGGGGCCAUCACUGCUGUUAUGAUUGCGAUUCUGAUCUGGUGCCGCCUGUUUCUCCCACCCGCCUUCGCGCAGGCGAGCAUCAUGUCAGGGGCCACGUUUGCGCUCGUUGUCGGCUUCAGCUGGGACCAGCAUCACAUCCAGCAAUAUGGUCUUCCAGGGGUCGGAUACGAGGCAUUCUGGAAGCGACUUGUUACGGUGCUGCUCGGCUUCCUCGCGUCAUUCGUUGUGCAGAUUUUCCCCAAGCCACCGUCGGCCACGAACCAUGUACGCAAGACAUUGGCCAAUACUGUCCGGAAUCUCUCGGAUCACUACGCGCUCCUGGUAUCUCACUGGGGUCGGAGUGACAAGUCCAGUCCGCUUGGUGCAGUGGCUGACCAGAUUUCACUGGACGUCGCCGACACACUCAUGUCUCUCAACGGCGCAAUCUCACUCUUGAAAGUCGAGAUGAGCUUCAGUCCUUUUGACCAAAAGGCGCUCAAAGCAACCCAGGAGAAAUGCCAAUCCAUAAACCAGUCUCUUGGGCGGCUCCUCGAUCUUUCGACGACGCUGCCAAGGGAGCUCCAGGAACAGCUUGCUCACGUCGUGGGCAUUGACGACGAUCGCGCCAUUGGAGACACCAUGGCUGUGCUUGGUAUCAUUGAGCAGGCGCUUCGUACCGGAUCUCCCUUGCCGGAGCGCCUACCGGCUCCCUUGCUUCGCCGAUUCUUCGACUCAUGGCGGGCACAGCACCGCCACGCUACUGUGACCAAGACGCUGGUGCGCGACGGAAACUAUCGCCGCUACUGCGUCGCCAUGUCGUCGUACUUCAAAUUUCUCUCUACCGUGGAUGACCUGGUCCUUAUUCUCAAGGGAGUUCUCGGUGAAUGUCACGUCAUUCAUCAAUGGGAGGAUGUUUAG